GGAGUGUAUAAACUGAAUAAACUCUCUCUCCUGAAGCUCAAAUACAAACACACUAUUAUAUAUGUAUAUGUAUGAUAUAGUAUCAAUCACUAUUCUAACAGAAGCACAGAGUUGAGUGGAAAAUGGAUGCAAGAAACGUCUUGUUCCUCUUCUCCGCCGUCCUACUCACACUCCUCACUCUCUCCAUCCUCUCCUCGCCGCCGUCCCACAAGGCGGAGCUGCUAGACUGCGCACCUCACUCUUCCCUCUGCCACCGCCACGCCUCCAACAAUCGCAAGAGACCCGCUUUCCUCCAAACUCCCACAAAGUACAUCCGGCGCCGCCACUCCGCCGCCGUCCCCCACCACCCUCUCGACCCCCUCACAGUGACGGAGAUUCACCGGGUCAAGGAAAUAAUCCAGAACCACCACUUGUUCAUAAACAAAGCCUACGCCCUCCACUCCGUAGUCCUCCAGGAGCCCGAGAAGCAAGCGGUGCUCCGGUGGAGGAACGGGAAUCCCCUGCCGCCGCGGAAGGCCGCAAUCGUGGCGCGCGUUGGCGGGGCGACCCUCGUGCUGACGGCGGACGUCGGCUCCGGCGAGGUGGUCCGCCACGAAACCGGCCGGCCGUCGGGGUACCCGACCAUGACGGUGGAGGACAUGACGUCGGCGACGUGGGCCCCGCUCGCCAGCGCUGAAUUCAAUCGGACGGUGGUGGCGCGCGGCGUCGAUUUGGCGGACCUUGCCUGCCUGCCUCUUUCCACUGGGUGGUUCGGCAAAAAUGAGGAGAAUAGAAGGUUGGUAAAAGUCCAAUGCUACACCACCGAAGGCACUGCAAACUUCUACAUGAGGCCAAUCGAAGGCCUAACCGUCGUCGUCGAUCUCGAUACCCACGAAAUAUUAGAAAUAACAGAGAAGGGCAGAGACAUACCCAUACCAAAUGCAGCCAACACCGAUUAUCGUUUCACGGCUCAAAAUUCGUACCAAAGGCUCGUGAAUCCCAUAUCGCUCGAGCAACCAAAGGGCCCGAGUUUCACGGUGGAGGACAACCAUUUGGUCAAGUGGGCGAACUGGGAAUUUCACCUCAAACCCGACCCGAGGGCAGGUGUCAUCAUCUCAAGGGCCAUGGUCCGCGACCCUUGGACCGGGGAGAUGAGAAAUGUUAUGUACAAAGGACUCACAUCAGAGCUCUUUGUGCCAUAUAUGGACCCCACGGAUGCUUGGUACUUCAAGACGUAUAUGGAUGCAGGGGAAUACGGGUUUGGGCUGCAGGCCAUGCCCCUCGACCCGCUUAACGAUUGCCCAAGAAACGCCUAUUAUAUGGAUGGCGUGUUUGCUGCGGCCGAUGGGACGCCAUAUGUUCGGUCUAGCAUGGUUUGUGUGUUCGAGAGCUAUGCAGGGGACAUAGCGUGGAGGCACGCUGAGAGCCCCAUCACCGGAAUGGAGAUUCGUGAGGUCAGACCAAAGGUGACACUGGUGGUGCGUAUGGCGGCGUCGGUCGCCAACUACGACUACAUUGUGGACUGGGAGUUCCAAACCGAUGGACUAAUUAGAAUCAAGGUUGGGCUAAGUGGAAUACUGAUGGUGAAAGGCUCUACUUAUUCCAACACCAACCAAGUGAACAAUGAAGAGGACCUCUACGGCACACUCUUGUCCGAGAACGUGAUUGGCGUUAUCCACGACCACUUCAUCACCUUCUACCUUGACAUGGAUGUCGACUGCGCCAACAACUCCUUCGUCAAAGUCAAUCUCCAACGCGAGUACGCCUCACCGGCAGAGUCCCCCCGGAUGAGCUACUUGAAAGCCGUGAGGAAGGUGGCCAAGACAGAGAAAGAUGCCCAAGUCAAGAUCAAUCUCCAUGAUCCGUCCGAGUUCCACAUCGUGAACCCUACCAAGAAGACGAGGGUGGGGAACCCCGUUGGGUACAAGCUCGUCCCCAGUGGCACCGCAGCCAAUCUCCUUGAUCCCAACGAUCCUCCGCAGCAGCGGGGCGCCUUCACCAACAACCAGAUCUGGGUCACGCCUUACAACACCUCCGAGCAAUGGGCUGGGGGCGCGUUCGUCAGCCAGAGCCAUGGCGACGACACUCUUCAAGUGUGGUCUAACAGGGACAGGAGCAUAGAGAAGAAGGAUAUUGUAGUGUGGUACACAUUAGGGUUCCAUCAUGUUCCAUGCCAAGAAGACUUCCCCAUUAUGCCCACCGUGUCUUCGAGCUUCGAUCUUAAGCCGGUGAAUUUCUUCGAGAGUAAUCCGAUUCUUAACAUUCCUCCAAACUUUGAGAAUGAUCUUCCUGUUUGCAAAGCUGAUGCAUCAGCUUAAUUACAUAUCCACUUGUGGAUAGGAAAUGAAUGCUUCGACAAAUCAGAGGUCUUCGUUUUCUUGUAUAAAUGCUUGGAUAUGGAAUAAUAAGUCUCUCUUUUCUCA